GUAAGAGUGACAGCAGCAAACAAUUGCUCACGUCCUAAGUGUUUCGUGGUUCCUUUAAUCCUUUAAACAACUAUAACCUGGCCAAGGUCAAACAGUCUAUUUGCCCUCCAGGAACCCUUUUCUGUCUUGAGCUUGGCAGGCUGUCCUUCCUUAGGGCCUUACCCACAUAGUCCCUUUAUUCAGAACGCCCUUCCUUUUGGCCGGCUCCCCUUUUCGUUAAGGCCUGGCCCUAUCUACAAUAGAUUCCUCCAUUUUCUGACGACCGUAGUUGAUGCGGCUGUGCGUGUGUGUUUUCUAUUAUCUGACUACGCCUCCACACCUACCAGUGGCAGGGCCUGGUUGGUGCAACAUCUGCGCUAGUCUGAGGGGGCGUGGCGUGUGGCGGCACGGGAGCGCACUUCCGGCGGAAGAGGCAGGCAGCAAUAUGGCUGCCACCUAGAGGCGGUGGCACGGGGCGGCCGAGGAUUUUCACUGGCCAGGCCUUGGUUGAAUCGUGAUUGGGGUUGGCCCCAGGCGGCACGCCGGCACGCAGGCACGCGGCACGCAGCACGCAGCGUCUACGGCCGGGUCUCGUAAUGGGGCGUUACCUCGUGGCUUAUGACGCGUGCUCGCUACCUGAUGGCUCUGCUGGUCCUGGCACUGCCCGAAGCCUAUUUUCCUCCGGUCCGGUGCCCAGACAGGUGGUGAGAUGUUGGGGUUCGGACCCCAUCGCAAACUCUCGACCCUAGCUCUUUAGAUGAAGGUGUUCCCAGAAUGGCUGGGGAAUUGUGGAAAUAGCGUCACUGCUCUGGUUGCUGUGCCUUUAAAAAGCAGAGGUCAGCAAGGAAAUUUAGCCUUGAUAAUGGAAUGUUGGCCUCUGCUUACCUGGAGAGAGAGGAAAGGAGGAAGAAAGAGAGGGAGAGAAACACCGAUUGGCUGCCUCUUGUACAUAUCUCGACCAGGGACUGAACCUACAACCCAGACAUGUGCCCUGACCAGGAAUUGAACCAGUGACCUUUUGUGCUUUGCAGUACGACGCCCAACCAAUUGAGCCACACCAAUCAGGGCACAAGCUCUUCAAUUCUUAAAUAAAGUGGGAGAGCCCGCUACAGAAAAAAGGCCCAGUCCAAUCCGCAGGUGUACAUGGACAUCAAGAUCGGGAACAAGCCAGCCGGCUGCAUCCAGAUGCUCCUGCAUUCUGACGUUGUUCCCAUGACAACAGGGCUGCUGUCCAUGGCCAACUCCGGCCCCAACACCAACGGCUUCCAGUUCUUCCUGACGUGUGACAAGACGGAUUGGCUGGACGGCAAGCACGUGGUAUUUGGGGAGAUCACGAAAGGCCUGGAUGUCCUGUGGAAGAUCGAGGCCCAGGGCAGCAAGGACGGGAAGCCUAAGGAGAAGGUGAUCAUCUCCAACUGCGGGGAGUACGUGUGAGAGGCGCUUUCCCUGUGCUGUGCCUGCGGGUCCGGGAUUCGUUCGCCCCGGGGAUCCAGCACAUGUUAAGCAGGGGUCCGUGACCUGGCCCUUCUCAGGGUCAGCGUGGAGCAGCUCCCCUGCAGGCCGGCCUGGGCUUCCCCUGGCUCUUUCCCAAGCGUAGCGGUGGCCCGGGAGCCGGCACAGUCGCCCCCAUCCCUGCUGUGGGUGGCUGGGCGUGGCCUUCGUAGGCCUUUGCCGCCAGGGCCUCUCCUGGGCCCACCGGUGUGGCUGCUGGACGUUUCCUCUGAUAAAGAAAACCCCGGAUCCUGCACUGCUGCCCGCUGGGAAAGGCCUGAGGUCCUCCCCUGCCGCUCGCCCUUCCCUGGCCAUCCUGAGAGCACACUGCGCGGGCCACUGUGGAGCCGAGGAGCUUGAAGCAGGUACAGAAGCGCCUCUGUCCUCUCUCGUUCCCGGUGCCAGAUGCACGAAUUGGGUUAGCCAGACUGUUUCUGCCCUCACCCUGCUGGCCCCGAGUCACCUCACAGCGUUUCUCACGUGCUGAGGCUGAGCACCGGAAACCAUCGGUCCCCAGAAACCACGUCCAGCACGGCUGCCCCCUCCCCACCGGUAGCUUGGAAUCAAACCUCGACGUUUAGAAACCAUUGGGCUGGGCAGGGCUGGUUCUGGAGUGGGGUUGAGGUCAGGUUGAGCCCGGAGGGGAGGGGAGGAGCCUGCUGGCCUGGGGCCCAGUGAUCCUGGCCAGCUCCUGCAGAGGGGCGGGUGCCAGCAUCAGGGGUGGGCUUCAGGUGGGCUUCUCCCCAGCAGAGACCCUCGCUUUUUAACCUCCGUGUCCCUCUCACGGGGAUCAGUCAGGGCUAUCAGGACGGGCAGCAGGGAGGCCAGGGAAAAGGCAGCUAUUUGGGGCCAAUGUGAGGUCCAAGGGAGAAGAGGAUGUGUGUUAAGCACCGGGCGUGGCCAGUCUGUAUGUGACAUGCAGGGACAUGGAGCAGGCUGGCCGGAGGCCCCGGGAGGGAGGGCUGGUAUCACAAUGCUGUGAAACAAGGGGAGAGGUUAUGGGGGGACCUUGUCACUUACUGUCCUCCUCUGGUCGUCCUGGGAGCGUAGGGCCAGCAGAUGGCCAGGAGGCCGCUGGGUGGGGAGCACGGGGUGACGAUCACUCACUGUGCUGGGCAAGGGCUUCCCCUGACCUUGCCCCUGCGUCCACCCAUGACCCUUGUACCGGUGGUGACCUGAGACUCGGGGGAGGUGCCAGGCCCAGGCAGUCCAGGCUAGUGGCCUCUGGUGUUGGCACAGGUGUUGGGUGGGGCUCGGAUGGUAGGGUCUUGGGGGGCCCACAGCACCCUCGGGAAAGGAAUGGGGGACCUGGUUUGUAAGUGAGACACUGAGACAGAAGUCCAGGCAUGGGAUGCUGCUACAAGUUGUUUUCAAAGAUUGUUUAAUAACAGAUUUUCGGAAUAAAUGGAAUAAGAUCACCAA